AUGCAAAAUUCCAGAAGGAAUUUUUGGUUUGCAGUAUUGGAUAGGUACUCACGAUUAGCUUUUUAUCGUAAACCAGCAUCCGGAACGAUUGCCGUGUGUGGUUUCCUGAUCGUGGUAUCAAUAUUUGUAUAUAGUGUUGGUGGUUAUCCGAUGUUACACAAAGAGAAAUUCAGGGGUAUGCAGAAAAGAAAUGUUGGUGGUGACCUAUGA